AUGGAGGGGGCAUUCCAGGGGUUACCGAUCCAGUGCCCACCCGAUCUGUCGCCAAAGCAGCUGUGGCAGUUUCCGGCCUUCCAGAUCUGGGUCUCCACUCUGCGGCGAUCCUUGGCUCGCCAGGGGCAGCCAUCCCAUGAAUUCCACGCGUGCCCUUAUGUUCUACGCCAGAUCGAGGUCCAGGCGGUGGAUUACUUUCGUGGAGGGCGACUGGGCUUUGUAAAACUCAAGGCGGACGUGUCAAACGACCGGGGGGAGUCACUGCCCGGGAGUGUGUUCUUGAGGGGGGGCAGCGUUGGUAUGCUGCUCAUCCUCCAGCCCGACGAUGUGCCAGACUCGUCAUCCGACACGGACAAGCGGGCGGUCCUGACCGUCCAGCCGCGGAUCCCCUCGGGCUCGUUGGCCUUUGCGGAGAUCCCGGCGGGGAUGAUCGAUGACAGUGGUACGUUUGCAGGCGCGGCGGCGAAAGAGAUCGAGGAGGAGACAGGGCUCUCUAUCCCGCAGGAGGAACUGUUGGACAUGACCGCGCUGGCGCUGCAGUGCCGUGGGGAAGGGCGUGACGGGGAACAAGAGCUGCAGAAAGCGAUCUAUCCCUCUCCCGGUGGGAGCGACGAGUUUAUCCCGUUGUUCCUUUGCCAGAAGAAAAUGCCCCGAAAGGAGAUUGAAGCUCUGCAGGGCCGAUUGACAGGGCUACGAGACCACGGGGAGAAGAUUACGCUCAAGAUCGUGCCCUUGGAGAACUUGUGGAAAGAGGCUUUGCAUGACGGGAAAACCCUGGCCGCCUGGGCUUUGUACAAAGGAUUGAAAGAUGAAGGGAAAAUCUAG